AUGUCUAACCUCAUCGAGUUACAAAGAAAUUAUGUUCUUUCAUUCAUCAGCGACAUUCAGACCCAGCAUAAUUUGAAAUUCUUAAUCAUUGACGAAGCGGUGGAUGAUCUUCUGAGUUACCUGUUCUUGAAAAGAUCAGAGCUUUUAAGUUAUGUUACAGCCAUUGAGAAAAUUGACUCCAGAGAUCGGAAGGGCCAGCCAUCUGUGGAGGCGAUCUACUUCCUAAAGCCUUCAAAAUUCAACAUAAACUGCAUGGACGCUGAUUUUAGUAACAGACCACCAAAAUACAAGGCAGCGCAGGUACGAUUUCUUCCUGGCUUUGAAGAUCACCUUGUGAAAUUCUACCAUUCAAAGAGGUAUCUUACCCAGUAUACCUCCAGCCUAGCUGAAGUGAGGUGUGCUUUUAUUCCGAGAGAAUCACAAUUCUUUCAAACACUGGGAAUUGAUCAACCACUGCUGAUGUACUAUAAUCAAAAUUGUCACGAUCUGAUUGAGCGCAACAUAAAGAGGGCAGUUGAAAGUCUCUUAAACAUUUGCAUCAUCACCGGUGAAUAUCCAGUAGUGCGCUAUUCACAGCCCACUUCUUUAGUAUACGAGACCAGCGCUGCAACAAUAUUGGCGAAGAAGCUAGCUUUUGAAUUUCAAAAUGCAUUGGAUGAGUACGCGCGAAACGACGAAGAUUUCCCACCCCCAUCACCUAGACCGCGAUCUAUCAUGAUUAUUGCGGAUCGAUCAGUGGACCCAUUUUCAAUGGUUCUGCACGACUUCACCUAUCAGGCGAUGGCGUAUGACGCCGUUCCCUCUGUUGAUACUGCUACUGAUACUUAUCACUACGCUGCAGAAAACGAAUUAGGAGAACAAGAAGAGAAGCAUGGGCUUUUACGAGAACUCGUGGAUGCAGAUUGGAUUGCUUUAAGACAUCAACAUAUAUUGGAUGCAAGUGAGUACUUGAGUGCCAAGAUCAAUGAGCUCAUUGCGAAAAAUCCUCUCUUGGUGGAUCGCACAAACGUCAAAUCGACCACAGACAUGCUCAGUGUAGUAGCACACUUGAAAGAUUUCGAUGAGGAUAGAAGACGAGUUACAUUGCAUAGGAAGCUCAUCGAUCAAUGUCUCAAAAUCAACGAUGAACGACAUUUGGCAGAAUUGGCAGAAUUCGAACAGAAUUUGGCAGGACUUGGGCUAGACGCUAAUGGGGAGCGUGUUAAACAUUUAACAGAAGCCUUAUUGCAAGUCCUUAUGGACAAGCAUGCGAACUUGACCGAUAAGGUUCGUUACAUUAUUAGCUACGCCUUAUAUCGUGGCGGAAUUAUUGAGCUCGACUUGGUAAAGCUCUUAUCAUUUAUGGGGGUUCCGUCUGGCCAUGCAUUUUUCGACCAUUUUUUAACGCUUUUCAGAAAUUUUGAGUAUUUAGGGUUCAAGUUGGUGAAGAGUGAGCCUGGUAACAAAUCCUUUAAGAAAGAAUGGUUUCACGAGAGCAUUGUUAAUGAUCCAAACGUUUACAACACUUCAAGAUUUGUCCCAGCAGUAGGCAAUAAUCUUUCCAAGAUUAUAUCAAACCCAUUGCUGUUGAGCGAGGAAGCAUUUCCUUACGUUAAGGACAAACCUAUAGAAGUUAUAAGUCCUGAGAUUGCUGAAGAUUCAGCGUUUUUGAAUUCAUCGUCCUCGUUGAAAAAUCCUAGACACAAGGCGUCGUGGACCAGAAGCACCACCCAAUUUCGGGCUCCGCGCCAAAGAUUCUUUUAUUAUUGCAUCGGCGGUAUAACAUAUUCAGAGGUUGCCUCCGCAUAUGCCCAAGGAUUGCUCAAGAACCGGGACGUUUUUGUUGGUAGCGAUGGAAUAAUGACACCGUUGGAAUGCAUGCAGGCGAUUGAAAAGCUGUCAGAACCACGCAAUCAUUUAGGUCUGAAGGAUGAUCGGCCCGAGAGAGAGGUCGUUCCUGAGUUCCUUUUUGAUAGAGCAUCCACGGUACCGGCUGCCUCACAACAUGUGCAUACUGUAUCGCAUCAGCGCGCUAAUAAUGAUUCGAGCCCUGUCAUGCCAGCUCCACCGCCAUCAAAGGAGAAAGAGAAAAAGCGCAGUAAGCUAGCCAAAAUUCUAAGAUCGAAAUAG